AGUUGUUCCUGAGAUUGUAGCAGUUAGCAGUUGCGCACAUCCUCUUUCCAAAUAUAAUUACUUACCAAGUCUAAAUAAACCAGUCAAUAUGGGAUGUGAUGGUGGAACUAUUCCUAAAAGACACGAAUUGGUGAAAGGGCCUAAGAAGGUCGAAAAGGUCGAUAAGAGCGCUGAACUUGCGGCCCGAUGGAAGUACUGUGCACUGAGUCAGGAGAAACUGCGUCGCCCCAUCGUUGCCUGCGAUUUGGGAAGGUUUUACAACAAAGAUGCAGUGAUUGAAUAUCUGCUGGAUAAAUCCGCCGAGAGACCCAACAUUGAAGUGGCAACACACAUUCGUGGUAUAAAGGAUGUUAAGGAGUUGAACCUAACGGACAACCCAGCCUGGGAUGGUGAGAGCAACACGAAAGGGGAUCGCUAUGAAGCCCUGCACCGGGCCAUGUUCAUCUGCCCAGUGGUUGGCUUGGAGAUGAAUGGGAAGCACAAGUUCAGUUUCCUGCAAACCUGCGGUUGUGUUUUCUCGGAGCGUGCCAUGAAGGAGGUCAAAACUGAGAUCUGUCACAAGUGUGGAGACCCAUUCCAAGAGGGAGAUCUCGUUGUUCUCAACGGAACCAAAGAAGAGAUGGAGAAACUGACGCUGCGAAUGGAAGAGAAGAGAGCCCAGGCUAAAGCAGCAAAGAAAUCCAAAAAGAGUAAAGUGUCUGAAACGGUUUCCAAGACAGAAGAUACGGAAGCUGCGGGGCCCUCUAGCUCUGCGUCCAGCUCUGCACCCAGCUCUACAUCAUCUGACCCCUCCAAGGUAGCCAAGCCCUCUUCCACCACCACCACCAUUGGAAGCAAGAGGUCCGUCCAGGACAUGGGGGACAAGUCUGAGAUUUAUAAAUCCCUAUUCACCUCCCACAGCUCAGCCAAACGCUCCAAAGACCAGAUAUCAAACUGGGUCACCCACACACCCUACCACUUUUGAAAGCCCCCGGUGGUUUGCCAUCUUGCUUCUUUUGUAAUGUCUGUCUUUUAUUUCUCUUCAUUUUACCCCCCCCCCCCCCCCCCCCCCAUUGUGUUUAUGCAAGCUCAUGCAAGAUUACUUGGUGAAAGUAUUUGUUAGCAUAAUAGCACCAUUUUAAAAGAAUGAGUCAUAUUCUCAUAGGUCUUUAUGAAUGCUUUAUUAUUGGUUUGUAGGCAAUGUGUUAUAUUGUCAGUGUCCUGCUUUUAAAUCCUUUACUUUGGUGUACUGAUGAUGGUAGAUAAAAUUGAGCAACACACUGUUGUAUUUGAGAAUUAUCAGCAAAACAAUAAAGUCGACAUGAGUGA